AUGGACAAACAGAAGCCCAUCACCUUGUUUGUGCCGCCGAGACUGAGCAGCGGCCAGGUAUCGGCCGUGAAACCGCAGACCGUGGGGGGAGACACCAGCUUCUUCAAGAAUUUCAACAAAGAUACUGAAGAUGACACUUGUUUUCCAUUUGAGAUGACUAAUCGCUCCAAACAAGGGAAAAACAUUGAUUCAGAUGCUGCCUUACAAAAAGUUAACUUUUUCCCCAUGCUUGAACAGGUUGAUAAUUUUGACAGUUGUCAUUACCAGGAAGGAUUAAAGGACUCUGAUUUUGAGAAUUCAGAGCCAAUGAGCAGACUAUAUUCAAAAUUGUAUAAGGAGGCUGAAAAGAUUAAGAAGUGGAAAGUGAAUAUAGACUUUGAACUGAAGCAGAAAGAAAAUAAGUUGCAAGAAAAUAGAAAGAUAAUUGAAGCACAGCGGAAAGCCAUUCAAGAGCUACAGUUUGAAAAUGAAAAAGUAAGUUUGAAAUUAGAAGAAGGAAUUCAAGAAAAUAAAGAGUUAAUAAAAGAGAAUAAUGCUAUAAGGCAUUUAUGCAAUUUACUGAAAGAAACCUGUACCAGAUCUGCAGAAAAGACAAAAAAGUAUGAAUAUGAACGAGAAGAAACUAGGCAAGUUUAUGUGGACCUAAAUAAUAACAUUGAGAAAAUGGUAAUAGCUUUUGAGGAUCUUCGUGUGCAAGCUGAGAAUUCCAGACUAGAAAUGCAUUUUAAAUUAAAGGAAGAUUAUGAAAAAAUCCAACACCUUGAAGAAGAAUAUAAGAAGGAAGUAAAUAACAAGGAAAAGCAGGUAUCACUGCUAUUGAUCCAAAACAACGAGAAAGAAAAUAAAAUAAGAGAGUUAACAUUGCUGCUGGAGGAAUCCAGAGAUAAAGUGAAUCAAUUAGAAGAAAAAAUAAAAUUACAGAAUGAAAACUUAAAAGAAUCAAAUGAGAAGAACGAUCAUUUAACAUCAGAACUAGAAGAUUGUAAAGUGUCUUUGCAAAGAAGUGCGAGUACUCAAAAGGCUUUGGAGGAAGAUUUACAGAUAGCAACAACAAAAAUAUAUCAGCUCACUGAAGCAAAAGAAACUCAAAUGGAAGAAUUUAAUAAAGCUAAAGCUGCUAAUUCACUUGUGGUUACUGAACUUAAAACUACCAUCUGCAACUUGAAAGAGUUAUUGGCAACAGAACAUCAGAGAUUGGAAAAAAGUGAAGACCAAUCGAAAAUACUUACCAUGGAGCUUCAGAAGAAAUCAAGUGAACUGGAAGAGAUGACUAAGCUUAACAAUAACAAAGAAGUAGAACUUGAAGAAUUGAAAAAAACCUUGGCAGAAAACCAAAAGCUUUUAGAUGACUUUGAGAAAAUUGUUGAAGAAUUAAAAGGAACAGAACAAGAACUAACGGGUCUUCUCCAAACCAGAGAGAAAAAAGAACAUGAUUUGGAAAUUCAAUUGACUACCAUUGCCACAAGUGAACAACAAUAUUCAAAACAGGUUCAAGAACUGAAAACUGAGCUUGAAAAUGAGAAGCUUAAGAAUACUGAAUUGACUGCAAGUUGCAACAAGCUUUCACUGGAGAAUGAAGAAUUAGCACAAGAAACAAGUAAAAUGGCCUUAGAACUUAAAAAACAGCAAGAAGAUAUUAAUAAUAGCAAAAAGCAAGAAGAAAGGACAUUGAAACAAAUAGAAAAUCUGGAAGAAACAGAAACACGAUUAAGGAAUGAACUGGAAUCUGUGAGAGAAGAACUAAAGCAGAAAGGAGAUGAAGUUAAAUGUAAAUUGGACAAGAGUGAGGAAAAUUGUAACAAUUUAAGGAAACAAGUUGAAAUUAAAAGCAAGAAUAUUGAAGAAUUCCAACAGGAGAAUAAGGCCUUGAAAAAAAGGGGUACAGCAGAGAGCAAGCAACUGAAUGUUUAUGAGAUAAAGGUCAAGAAAUUAGAGUCAGAACUAGAAGGUGCCAAACAAAAAUUUAAAGAGAUGUCUGACAGCUAUAAAAAAGAAAUUGAGGACAAAAAGAUAUCAGAAGAAAAUCUUUUGGGAGAGGUUGAGAAAGCCAAAGCAACAGCUGAUGAAGCGGUACGAUUACAGAAGGAAAUUGAUAUACGAUGUCAACAUAAAAUAGCUGAAAUGGUUGCACUUAUGGAAAAACAUAAGCACCAAUAUGAUAAAAUCGUUGAAGAAAGAGACUCAGAAUUAGGACUUUAUAAGAGCAGAGAACAAGAACAAUCAUCAGUGAAAGCAUCUUUGGAGGCUGAACUAUCCAAUCUCAAAAAUGAACUUUCGUCUAUUAGGGAACAACUUGAAAUAGAAAGAGAAGAAAAAGAAAAACUCAAAAGAGAGGCAAAAGAAAACACAGUUACUCUCAAAGAAAAAACUGACAAGAAAAUACAGACAUCGUUAUCCGAAACACUUACAACCAAUUAUCGGAAAUUUGAUCCUAAAGCAACUCCUUCACAAAAUAUAUCUCGAAACUUCACAUCAGCUGAUUAUGGCAAACCCAAAGAAAAAAAAGACAAUCUGAGGACACCUGCCAAAAGUACUGUAUCUGAAUCAUUUCCAAAGGCAUAUACUGUGAAGACGCCAACAAAACUAAAAACCCAGCCAAGAGAAAACAAGAAUGCACCCACUGAAGAAAAUAGUAAAAAGAGAAAAAUGGUCUUUGAGUUUGAUAUUAAUUCAGAUAGUUCAGAAUCUGCUGAUCUUCUGACCAUGGUUUCAGAGGAAGAGAAAUUGAAAAAUCUAUGCAAGAAUAAUUAUCCAACAACUUCUCAUUUUUGUGUCAGAACACCAAAAAAGACCCCUUCAUCUCUAACAGCCCUUGGAUCUGCGCCGAAGUUUGGAGCUAUGAGGAAGAUGCAGGAUGACCGCUGGGCUAUGAUUGCCAAAGUGGAUAGGAGAAAAAAGCUAAAGGAAGCAGGAAGACUAUUUGUUUAA